AUCACUCAUUUUCCUCCACAUUUGGGUACACGAAUCAAGUAUGUUGCUCACAACGGCCUAUUCACUGCUUCAGCCUCUCGCUCCUCGCCUCCUCCACGGCGGCGGAGAUCUGUCUCUGCGGAGUCGGAAGGCUGGCUGUCUCGUCAUGAACGCCUCCAGUGAAGCUAACAAACCGGCGAUUAUGAACGAGGUUUUCGAGCCGUUCGAGGAAGUGAAGAAGGAACUCCUUCUCGUCCCAACCGUUCCACACGCCUCCCUUGCUCGCCAUGUCUACUCUGACCCCUGUGAAGCAGCCAUCAACGCUCAGAUCAAUGUGGAAUAUAAUGUAUCUUACGUGUAUCACGCAAUGUAUGCCUACUUCGACAGAGACAAUGUUGCUCUUAAGGGGCUUGCCAAGUUUUUCAAAGAAGCAAGUGUAGAAGAAAGGGAGCAUGCUGAGAAGUUUAUGGAAUAUCAGAAUAAGAGAGGUGGACAAGUUAACUUGCACGGGAUGAUGAUGCCGAUAUCUGACUAUGAUCACAUCGACAAAGGAGAUGCACUGUAUGCAAUGGAGCUCGCUUUAUCUCUGGAAAAGUUGACAAAUGAAAAGCUUCUGAAUUUACACAAGGUGGCCGAUGAGAACAACGAUGCUCAGCUUGCUGAUUUUGUGGAGAGUGAGUUUUUGGCGGAGCAGGUUGAGUCCAUCAAGAAGAUAUCAGAAUACGUUGCUCAGUUGAGAAGGGUUGGCACAGGCCAUGGUGUUUGGAACUUUGAUCAGAUGCUUCUAGCUGGCGCUACAGCGGUUUGAGAUUGAAUCAUUUGCUAAUGAGCUGCCACCCUUGUGCUGCAAUCUUGCAUUAGAUACAAUUUAAUCUAGGCAGAGCCCUUACAAUUCUUAAAUAGGAAUGAGAAAUUUGAGCAAGUUUUUUGCAUCGGAAUUUGACCAAAUUGACGCUUGACUAUCCUAUUUCACGUUGUAGUCAAAAAACAUUUCCUUAUGUUUCUCUUUCUUGCUGCA